AGCACUUUAGACUGCACGUGGAUAAAGGUCAGAGAAUACGGCCCCCGACCCUCAGCUUCUCGACCUUGCCCUCUGCAGUCUUGAAUUUUUGCAACCCACGGCAGUGCAUUCUCAGUCUCCUACUACAACACCAUAUCAAAUAGUUUCAUAUGUCGUCUCAAAACCACGGAGUUGAGCUCUGCCUUAAGUUCAACUUCUGUCCACCAGCCACUCUCUCAAUCUCUAACCCCUCGGCAUCACCUUUGAAGCUGAUCGCCACCAUCCACCAAACCUCCUCGGUCUUCCCAGAUAGACCCGUUACUAUCUUGACCAAGUACUCAUGUCUCGACACUACGCCUCGUGAGGAUGCGUUCCGCAAGGGCGAUAUGCACUCACCGGAACUCGCAUUUUCUUCCACCCGACAAGUAGAUGGCUCUGCAAAAGUGCUUAACCUCCGGCCCACAAAGCGCAUUACGUUCCACCGGAUAUCAGGCGACCCAGAUCUUGCCAAACGCCCUGAGGAUCCCGAUACCCCUGGAUUCACUUUCAUCACAAUUCCUCCGGUAGGAAAAGGUUCUGUACAAGUUGCGUGGGAGCUCUCUGCUGAACGGCUUAUGUCGAGUCUCGGCGACGACUCAACCUCGCUCCAAGAAAAGCUUGACCAUUUUCUACGAGUCGGCGACACCUACCAUGUCUGGCCCGGCGAUCUUUCGAUUCGAUGGUGGUCAUUUGGCUCCUUGGAAGACCCGGAAGGCUUGAAAGGCAAGAAAAUCUCGCGCUUCAGCUUUUCUGACGAUCUGGGGUUGGAUAGGGAAAAGGGAGCAGAUGAAAGCGAAGAGGUUGUUAGUAAGAUGCAGGAUCUUAUUGAUUUGCAUAACGUGAACAAGUUGUCUUCGAGAAGCGCCGUGGAAGGAGAAGAGAAGCCGGAUAUUAAGAAGAUGAGGGAGGAAGGGUGGGUUUUCGGAGAACCGCCAGGGCUGUUGAAGAUGAUCGCGCAAGACGAAGACAAAGUAGCGACUUUCAAGAUCGUAGAGUAAGGCGGUUGGCUCGUUAGGCAAGUCUGUCAACAGUGCAUUAAGACAAUAUACCUAAGCCAUGCAUACUUCGUUCUCAAUCACGCGCUGCUUGAGAUUGAAUUUGCGGAAGAGUGACAGUUCAUUCCAGGCACCAGCAGACGAUACCAUCUUUUCGGCGUGCAGUGCUUUUCCAAUCUAGAUUCUUUCAUUUUGAGGCUGUACAAACUGCCCGGUUCCCUAUUGAGACAGGAU